GUGACGGGGGACGCGGCCCCAGCGGCUGCUUGCUACGGCUGGAAAGCCGGCUGCCCCAGGGCGAGCCGCUGCACCGAGCCGAGCCGGGCCGCGCCUGGUGCGCCUGUGGGAGGGCGGGCUGCCCCGCCCCGGUGCGCGUACGCCGGAGUCGGGAGCCGUGGUGAGGGCGGGUUUCCCUGACGCUGUGUUUCCUUUCGCCCUCAGCUUGGGCCUGGAGCAAGGCAGGUAAGCCGUGGGUAUUGGCAUGGAGAGCGUUUCCUCAGGCUCUGCUCUGCAGUUCCUUGCCAAACUGCUUCGUGAUGCUCAAGAAGAAGAUGAUGAUGACGAACAUGUGCCACACUCUCCUCUUAGCCCCAUGACUCCUGGUAGUAUCGGACCAGUAAAGAAAGAGACCACUGGUGCUUUACAAGUGAAAUCUGAAAACAGGAAAACUAUUUGGAAUACAGAGGAAGUCCCAGAAGGAUCUGAGUUUGAUGAUACCUGGGACCUUAGAGAACAGCCAGAGUAUCAGAUUUUAUUCAAACAGUGUGUGAGAACAGAGGAUGUCUUCUUUGGGAUGAGCAGGAAAGACCCCUCCACAGCCUGCUGUGAAGAUGUGGUGAUUAAAAUCAAGCUGCCAGAGACAAAAUACUCAGACAUCACAUUAGAUAUCCAGGACAAGGUUCUUGACCUUCGAACUCCCAAAAAGAAGCUGCUGCUGCACCUCCCCUACCACGUAGACAGCAAGAAUGGUAAAGCUCGUUUUCUCUCUGAAGAGGAGACCUUGGAAGUCACCUUGAGAGUAUCAAGGAAGUUUGAUUUCUAAAAUUUUGUCUGAUGGAUAGAGAAAAAGAGAAAGUUUGCAAAAAUUAAUCUCUAAGUUUUGAUGCCUUCUUGAAACCUAACUGGUCAUGAAAUAGUACAUUGUUUCCCAAUGCUGGGACUGAGGCCAGUUCAGAAUCUUCUCUUAGCUACUUCUUGAUGAGAGGAUCAAAGCUCUUCAGGGACCCAUAUCCAUAUCUGAGGCUCCUUUAUACUGGCAGAACAAGGUAACCAACUAUAGUUGGACUGUUGAACAGCUCAGCUCUUUUGAACAACUUUUGCAAUAUAUGGUUCAGUGUCAUCUAUUCAUCUGCUGUCCCUCCAGCUAUUUUUCUGACCUUUCUUGAUUAAUAAAAGCAUG